AUGGCGGUAAUCAAAUGGGGGUUCUUGAAUCGCUCAGCUGAGAGCACGGGAGAUUUCACAACCGAGAGAACAAGAGUUGCUCUCAAACUUGAUCACGCUUUGGAUCUCCCAAGCUCCUACGUCUAUUAUGAAGCUCCAUCCUUUCUUCUACCUCAUGGGCCACCAUUAGAGAACCUAUUUCCAGAACCACUUUGCAAGCUCAAUCUCAAGGAGACCUCUGAUUUUGUGAGGUCAUUUGCAAUGAAAAAUCAUCACGACAGCAGCACAGAGAGCAGAGGUUUUCUUGAUGUUUCAGCUGAUCAGAAGAGGAGAGAGGGAGUGAGUUCUGUCACAAAGAGGCAUUCAGAAGGUCCUUCCACACCUGGUAGACCCAUUUUCAGAUUCAGUACUAGUGGGAAUUUCUCUUCAAGAAAAAGCUUUCCUUCCAAGUGGGAUGACGCAGAAAAGUGGCUUAAUGGAAGCAGUUCUUGCCAUGACUCCCCUGCUCAUCAUCAUACUCAUGGGUCAAAGCCAUUAGAAGGGACAAAAGUUUUCAAACAAUUUGAGGGAUGUAGACCGCAAGCUGAGGUAUUUGCGGAGAAAACAAGGGUUACAGAGGAAAAGGUAACAAAGUCGGUUUCAAGCACUAAAGGGUCCAUAGCUGUGGAAAGUCUUGGUAUCUCAGAUAGAGCUUUCAAUGGGGUCUCAGCCUCAGCAAAUGUACUUCUAAAAGAUAAAUUCACGAAAGAGGUAGAACCCAUUUUCCCAAAAUUUAGAUCCUCAGAGCCAAUGAGCGAGGGGUUUGUAUUUCCAAACUUGGGGGGAAAUUCCAUGACAGAGGCAGCAACAGAGGGAGUUCAUGAGGUAAAACACAGAGAUGUUGGGACGGAGAUGACUCCCCUUAGCAGCUCCACACCAUCAAGAUGCCACACACCAUUCAAGAGCACAUCACCUGCCCAACACAAUACCCCUGAGAACAGGUCAGGUCCAUUGGCCAUAAUCAACUCCCGUACCACCAAUAUUUCCAAGUUACAAGAUUGUCAUAUAGCUAAGUUGCAAAUUGGGGAACAAUUCAAUUCCAUUGUUUCAACCUGGAGCUCGAGGGAAGAGGAGGAAGAGGAGAUAUCAAAGAGCUUGAGGCACUUUGACAUAAGCAGUGACUGUAGGAAGAGUCUUUCAGAGCCCAGGUUUUGUUCGUGGGAAGAGGAGGGAAAGAGCAACUGCUGCAUUAGGUAUCAGAGAGAAGAAGCAAAAAUUCAAGCUUGGGUGAAUCUCCAAAGUGCUAGAGCAGAAGCUCAGGCAAGAAAGCUUGAGGUGAAAAUUGAGAAGAUGAGAUCAAAUUUGGAAGAGAAGUUGAUGAAGAGAAUGGGUGUUGUUCACAGGAAGGCUGAGGAAAAGAGAGCUGCAGCCCAGUUACAGCACUCCGAUCAAAUUCACAGGGCAGCUAAACAAGUACAGAAGGCAUUGGCGAACCCACAAAAUUCCCGUUUUUCUGGUCAAAUAACUUCGUGUGGUUGCUUUCCUUGUACUAAUAAUAAUCAUCUUUAUAGAAUUUGAAAAGGCCUAUUUGAGAAGGCAUAGAAAUGAAGCUAAUGCUUGGCAACCAU